UAUUAUUACAUCCGUUUAUCUGUGGGUUGAAUCAUGGAUGGAAUGGUGAAAGUGCCGUUAGUCCUUCUUUACUCCUCAAUCAUUUGUGUUUUAUAUUUUGAAUGGUGCUCACUUAGUUCACAAAAGCUGUAUGCUAAUGAAAAGGAUGCUCCAUGUGUCUGGAAUAUGACUGAUUUAAAUUUAUCUCUUCCAACUGUAUUCAUGAUUACACCUACAUAUGCACGGCUUGCACAAAAGGCAGACCUCACUCGUCUCUGUCAGACACUAAUGCACGUUAGAAACCUUCACUGGAUCAUUGUAGAGGACUCAGAUUCAAAGACCCCUCUGGUAACAAGGUUUCUUAAGCGCUGUCGAGUCAAGAGCUCUCAGUUGAAUCAUACAACUCCUGCAAAGUCACUGCCUCCUAAAGGGAGCCAUAACAGAACAAAAAAUAGAGGAGCUAGGCAGCGAAAUGUAGCACUGGACUGGUUAAGAGAGACUUAUAAACCAGGAGACGUGACGGGCGUAGUAUAUUUUGGAGAUGAUGACAAUACUUAUGACAUUCAGCUAUUUGAAGAGAUGAGGUAUACAAAUAAAGUAUCAAUAUGGCCGGUUGGUUUUGCUGGUGGCCUCAAAGCAGAAGGACCGAUUUGUGAGAAUGGCAAAGUUAUAUCGUGGCAUGUUGCCUGGUCUCCUGGCCGCAAAUUUCCCAUUGAUAUGGCAGGAUUUGCAGUCAAUUUAGAUAUAAUUCUCACUAAUAAUAAUGCCAGAUUUGAUCCAUUUGGGGAAGUUGGUUACUUAGAACCAGAGUUUCUCUCCAAUUUAACAACUGUGGAGGAACUUGAGGCAAAAGCUGAUAAUUGUACUAAGGUAUACGUAUGGCAUACACAAACUAGGAAACCAAGAGUGCACAAUGAAGGAAAGGUUCCAACUUCAAUAGAAACUAAAAAAUAACUGUGUUAUUAUUUUUAAGCAC